AUUCCACUAGAUCAACAGUUCCGUUGAGGAUAAUGAACCAUUACGUGUUGGUGAAUCUCUAAACAGUAUAAAUCAGAAGAUACCUGGUCGGCGGAUUGUUGAUGUCGAUUAUUUGUACAAGCAAAUGAGUCAACUUUUUAAUAUCACUUGCAAAAUAUGUGAAUCUGGAAAGAUGAUCUAUACGAACGAAUUUAGAAAAGGGCUUAUGUCAUCAUUUACGUUCAUCUGUGAGAAUUGUGGAAAUUUGCUGAAACUCGAUUCAUGUCCUUUUUACGAUGAUUCGGAAAAUAUCAACACAUCAGCGGUUUUGGGAAUUAUCUCCGUGGGCCUUUGCUAUUAUCAUCUUCAAGAGUUUUUGGCUCAUUUAAACAUUCCAGUAAUGAGCUAUGUGACGUAUCACAAGUAUGAAGAGGAGCAAAUCCAGAUAGAUUAUUUGAAACUCUCUAAGCAACUUGAAGCAGAAGCACUGACUGAAGAAAUAAGGCUGGCGAAAGUAAUGAACGAAGUGGAUUCAGCUGGAAAUGCUUUAAUUGCAGUAGAGUUCGACGGAAGUUGGGAAAAGCGUUCUUAUAAUACGAAUUUUUCAUCAUUGGCUGGAUGUGCGGCUAUCAUUGGACUAAGAACAAAAAAAAUCCUCUAUUCCGGAAUCAAACAGAAGUACUGCCACAUAUGUAAGUUAGCCAAAAGCAGUACACCUCGAAAUCAUGCUUGCAAAGUAAAUUAUACUGGCCCCUCCAGUGGUAUGGAAACUCAAAUUAUAAUAGAGGGCUACAAGUUUUGUGCGGAGAAAAGAGCCAGAUUCAACAAAUUCGUAGGGGACGGCGACGAUAGUACUUAUAAACUUUUUUGGCUAAAGAUGGCGACUUGUCGUGAUUACACAUUCUGUUCGUGCUCGAGUUUUUGUUUCAUUUCAUAUGUUUUUUGAUCGAUUAUUAUUGUCUCUUCGCUUUUAACUUUCGUUUGAAUAUGUUUUUAAUGAAAUGCAAUCCAUUGCGAAUCAACUAAGUGUUUAUUUUUCCGUAAAUCAACGAAAAACAUAAGUUUCAUUGCUUCAAGAUUCCCGUGUAUACGUAACAACAGCUGAUUUUAUUGUCGUCGCUCUUCGUCAUCAUAUUCAACGCCUGUGAUCUACUUCUGUUAUUGUUUACACUCCAGACUCCAAUACAAUAUUGAAAUACAAUCGAGACAAUGAACAAUUGCACAGUUUGCGACGGCUGUUUCAGAAAUGACAAUCCGAAUAAAAUUAUUUGUGAUGGAAUUUGCCGUCAAUCUUUCCAUGCUGAAUGUGUUAAUUUCAAUAAGAAUGCGUUGAUGUGCUAUAGAGAAAUGCCAAAUCUUCAAUGGUUCUGCGAUGGCUGCAUCAUUCAAUCACGCUCGUCCAACGUUGUAUCUCCUCUGGCCACCAAAUUCAAUUCCACUGUCGCUAUUCCAACGUCAUCGCCAUCAUACGUCCAACGCUCACUCAUUGCAGCCAAACGAAAUCGAAAUCGACAUCCGUUUCUAAAUGAAAAACCGAAGAAAAAUUCCGUAUUUUUGGUAAACCGAUCGCCAACCGUCGAACGUGACGUUAGAAACGCCAGCGACUCAAUGAGUGGUUCCUCAUCAGUGAGACAUAUGCAGCCCGGAAAUCAUCUAGACGAAUCAUCUGCUGCGAAUGGAUCGGCUCCAUUGACUUCACCCGUAAUCACUAAAUCUGAUGUCGUUCAAUCUAAGCCCCAGCGUAAUUUAGCAGAUUUUGAAGAAACUACCACUGAACCAUCCGAAUCUAAAACAGAACCUGAUAAUUCCAGUUCGUUUGCAGAGGUUCUAGCUAAAUCGUCAGUUGCUGAGCCAGUACCCGCUAACGCCAAACGUUCAACAACUCAACUGGAUAAAGCAAUUCAGUCACAGCUUAUGAUUCCGUCCGAUACGCAUAAGGUACUUUAUGUGUCGAAUUGUAAACCAUCUGUUACCGAAUUGGAAAUUGUCGAUUAUUUAUUGCGAGAGAACAUGAUAUCAUCGGCUGGAGAUGUGUCUUGUAAGAUAUUAGUUUCACCCUAUGUAAACAGGGACAGCGUCAGCUUCGUAUCGUUUAAAAUCACUGUUAAUUCUAAAAUAUUUCAUUCUCUACUUAACGAAGAACUGUGGCCCGAGGGCAUUACUGUUCGUGAAUUUGUAAACCGCUAAACAGCUAAUGUUGAUUUAAAUCUAUUUUUAUUGUAAGUAGUCAGGGGGCUUGACGGCCAUUGAUGAAAUUAAUAA